AUGAACUACGCAGGCUACAUGGAGAGCCCCUCUCCUGCACCGACCAACACCAACAACAACAAUACCAGCACCCCAGCAGCACUGCGCGGCAGGAAGCGCAAACACGCCCCCUCGACUUCCACCCCCUCGCGCCAGCACUCUUUCAACCAGCACCACCCCGGCCAUCCAGGCCACCCGGGCCACCCGCAACUUCCUCACCAUGGCUACCCGCACGGCUACCAUCCCGGCGGCCCCGCAGCUCAGGGCCCUCCGCCCCCCGGCAUGCUGCCCGGUCACGGCCAGGGCCCACUCGGCCUCAACCUCCCUUCGUCCAUCCAGGACGACCUGCCCGACAAUGUCAUCGACGACCUCGACAGGCUCACCCACCGCGACCUCGCCGUCGCCCGCUACGUCAGGAACCACGAGCUGCUCAGCAUGAUCUUUGACGCCCGCAGGAUAGACACGAUGCAGCCAUCGCCUUCCCCCUACUCUGCUAUGUCCGCCGCCGAGCUCAAGGAGCGCGUCGAGUCGCUCCACGGCGACCUCGAACAGCUCGCCCACCGCCACACGCGCAAGCUGCAGCGCCUCAACAGCGUCCUCUCGGGCAAGCUGCCCGUCGACAGCCCAGUCUGGGACGACGACGACGGCGCCGACGAAGGCAUCGUGGAGCUGCCUGCCGAGGCGAGGGAGGGCGACGUCCAAGAGGCCACGGCCGACGACCGCUGGGCACAGCACCCGAGCCGCGGCAGGAUCGUCGGCCUCGGCUUUGUGCGCGCCGACACGCCGCCGCAGCUCAGGCCAAAGGCUCCACCGGCACAGCCUGCCGGGAACACCGCCGAGGGACAGGCGCAGGCGUCACCACAGCAGCAGCAGCAGCAGCAGCAGCAGCAGCCGCAGUCGCCCUCGGACAUGGUCGUCGAUGGCGCAUCCGACGCGCUCGAAAAGCAGAGGCAGGAGGAGGAGCGGCUGAAGCAGGAGCUCGAGGCCAUCACCCAGCUCAACAAGGCCCACGGCAUCCACGCCGACUUUUCCACGGCGCCACCACCCGCUUCCGCGCCCGCGCCCGCACCAGCUCCCGCCCAGCCUGCACCCGCCAAUGCUCAGACGGACCCUCCGCGGCCACCCGCGGUGCCAUCCGCUCCGGUGGCCGCCGCGCCCGCCCAGUCCUCGCCUGCGCCGGCUAGCGCAGCGGAUAGCACCGUCGCCGAUGCCGCACCUGCCGCCGCCCAGGCUCAGGCUACAGACGCUGCUUCUUCCGGCAGCAGCAGCAGCGGCGGCGGCGGCGGCGGCGGUGAUGACGCUGCCACGGGGGAUGGAGCCGGUGCUUCGGCGGCCGAGGGUGUUGCUGCAGCUGUCGAGGCGGCGCCCGUGGCCACUGAUACCUCUGCUGGCACCCAGGCUCCCGCGGCAGCAUCCGACGCUGCACCGGCGACGGCGGCAGCAGCAGCGGACACUACAACAGACGUCAAGACCGCCGCCGUCGAAGGAGCACCCGCUGCUGCGGCGGAGGGCGACACCACCAUGACGGACGUUGCGGAUGCGCCUGCUGCCAGCGAGCCGGAGACACAGCCAAGUGCCACGACCGAGCCGGCGGCGGCUGAAACCAAGCCCGCCGAGGUGGAAGUGGAGGCCAAGGCGGAACAGGCCGAGGACGACGUCAAGAUGGACGAGGCCAAGGACGAGCCAGCGGCGACCGCCCAAGCCGAGACCGAGGCCAAGGCAGCCCCUAGCGCCUGA